AUGUAUCACCCCUCAGAGAUGUUCUCACAGUAUGGCGGCUCCUAUCCUCUGCGACCUCCCCCACCUCCUGGAGCUGGGUACCCCCAGAAUCAGGCAUCCGAGUAUGAAGCCUUCAGAUACCCAGACCUGGAUGCUGCCCCCAAGUUGGAUAGCUUCUUCCCUGGCCUGGAACCCCCAGGGCGCCUCCUCCCCACCGCUCCUGGUCUCCCUUAUGGGUCAGGUCAGGCAUUCCCAUCAGGUCCCCCACCAACAACACGGCUACCCCCUGGAGUACGGAUGAGCCUGGAGAAUGGCGAGCUUUGGAAACGAUUCAGUGGAAUUGGCACAGAGAUGAUCAUCACCAAGGCAGGCAGGCGGAUGUUUCCACAGCUGAAAGUUUCUGUAACAGGGCUGGAUCCUGAAGCCAAGUACCUGCUGCUGGUGGAUGUAGUGCCGGUUGGUGGCUCCCGUUACAAAUGGCAUGGCAAGCGGUGGGAGGCCAGCGGCAAAGCUGAAUUGCCACCACCGGACCGUGUCUACAUCCAUCCUGACUCACCUGCAUCAGGUGCCCACUGGAUGCGCCAACCUGUAUCCUUCCACCGGCUCAAGCUCACGAACAACACACUGGACCCCCAUGGACAUCUAAUUGUUCACUCCAUGCACCGUUACCAGCCGCGGGUACAUGUGGUUGGAGCUGGAGGACGCCGUGGGGCAGGAGGUGGCUGUGCUUCUUUCACUUUUCCUGAGACCCAGUUCCUGACAGUCACAGCCUACCAGAACCCACAGAUCACUCAAAUGAAGAUAGAGAGCAACCCUUUUGCAAAAGGCUUCCGGGAAAAUGGCAUGAACAGCAAAAGGGAGCGCGAGGCACGAAUCAAGAGGAAAAUGAAGGCAAAUGAAUGUGAAGCUAACGUGGGGGGAAACGAGAGCAAGAAAGGUCCCUGCGACUCCACCCUAACAGAGGAGACGCCUCUGGAGCAAGAGCAGCCACCUGUGCUUCCACCACCUUCCUGCUCCUUCUACCCCCCUGCAGGGACCAAUCCCAGCGGAGCUGAGGCUUACCUGCAGCAUCCAGCUGCCUUCCAUGGAUUGCGAGGGGCACCAUCACCCUACUGCAGCCCAACUCAAGAAAUGGCAGCUCCUCCAACUUCCCCCACUACCAAGUCACCUCCUGAGCAAUCAGAUUUCAGAGCAAUGCUUCCAACGAGUUGGAAUGGCCUGGAUAUUAUUCCUUUCCUUGGGGGGACAGAACCACCAGAUGCUUCCUCCUCCUCCUUUCCCCCUUUCAAGUUCAGCUUCACACCCUAUCCCCCUCCCCCUCGUGUCUAUGGGGGCCCCUCUAGCUAUCCAGGCUCACAGCCCCCUAUGCUCUAA